AUGUGGCAACUGCUGCUAUUGCCACUAUCUGUCUUUUUGACAGUUAGUGCGCAGACUGCAGAAGUUCCAACUCACGAUCGAAUCUUUCUGAAAUAUCCGAGCUCAUAUGUGAAUUUCACUUCGGAAAGCUGGAAAUUGAAAGAAAUCGAUGAUCAGUUAAUCCUUGCUGCCAAGUUCCAAGCUUCAAGUCACAUUGGCCAACUCUACAGUGUCAGAUUCAUUCAUCCAAAUGGGUCGUUAGAAGCAUUGUUGACGGUUGGGGUAUCCGAAGGCAACCUUAAGAUAGAUCUUUUCAAUGACAAACAUAGAAAUAUUCUCAAUAAGCCCCUGGAAAACAUACCUAUCAAUGUCCAUGAACACAAUCUUGCAGUAGGCUUAAACAGCACCGCGAAAAACUUAUGGUUCAAAUUAGCAUCUGGAAAUGAUUUGAACUGUGAAAUCAACCAGCCAAUUCAUAUUUCCAAUACUGAAGUGGUUGUUACGAUUGGGGGAGGAAGUCAAUCAAUGAUUGGAUGUGUUUCUCUUGUUGCUGUUUCUGUUGGAAAUAAUGAACCAGUUGCUCAUGGAACUCCUAUUGCUUACCAGGAUAUUGAAUCGUGUCCGGAUGCAGAUCAGUGUACAACCAAGGAUUGUAAUACGGGAAGAUGUAUGGUUUUGGAAGUUCCCACAUGCGAUUGUUACGGAACCGAGAUGACUGGACCGAACUGCAGACAACCUGUCUCUACAAUCCAGCUCCGAAACAAUGAUGAAAACGAAGAAGCAUCUGCGUAUCUCCGCUAUACUCCAUGGAAACCAGAUCAGGGAAUCCAUAGAAUCGCGAUGGACUUCAGAUUCUCCGAUGCAGAUUCAAAAGAAGGAAUUCUGGUUUAUGGAGAGACGACAGAAAAUGAGCUUUUUAAGAUUUAUGUAGUCGGAGUUAAAGGGAAAGUAAUGCUUGGAAGUGAGAAUGUCAUGGAUUUCGAAUUGAGAGAGGAUCAUUCUAUGUUCCAUAGCAUAAUUGUCCGUUUGGGAGAUGGCGUAUUCAAUAUGUUUGUGGAUGGUCAAGUCACCCGUCGUCAGUUCAACAAGACUGUCGAUUUCACAACUCUUCAAUUCGGUGCUCCGAUUCCAACUGAUGUCUCUGAAGUGGGAGUUACUGCGUGCGUCAAGAAUGUGUAUGCGGAUCAUCUCGAUAUUAUUGACUUGAUGUCAAAUAUGAAUGAUACUAGAGUAAUUGGAAAGGAAAUCAAACCAUGCAUUAAUGAAGAUCUUUCCGAGUUCCAAGGACCAAAACUAUUCUCAGCCGAUCCUGUUGUCAUGAUUAAAGAAGAUCCUGAGAAUGAUGUUAAUCAAGAAGAAGCUGCUGGAAUGGACCCAAACACUGCCAAUCUAUUCCCAGUUCCAGGAAAUAAAAAAAAACCCCGUCCACUUGAUGCAUCUAGUUGCGAGAAGGCCAACGCCUACAUGUGUCAAAAUGGGGCUGGAUGCAAAAAAGAAAGCGAUACGAAAUUCACUUGUUUCUGUAGAGAUGGCUACAUUGGGAAGUUCUGUCAAUUCACGACACUUCCUCGUUCUUGUGCAGAAGCUCAUGAUUUUUUGAAGCUUCCAAAUGGUCCAACUUGGGUGGAUGUUGAUGGAAAUCGAAAAUUGGACCCUUCGGUGACUCAGUGUAUUGAUGGACAAACCCAAAUCCCACAUGACAUGGCUCCAGCUACUAUUGUUCGAGAUGUCGCUUUUCAGAAUCAUUCGAUGUUUGUUCUGAGUUAUAGAGAUUUCAAUACCUGGCAACUUGCGAAAUACAUCAAGAACUCUGGAGUCUGUUCUCAAAAUAUCAAUUAUCGAUGCAACAAAGCUCCAUUGAAAUUCAAAGAGGGUAAAACAUGGUUCAAAAGUGUCUCGAAUUCAACUGAGAAAAUACGACAAAUUGGAAUUCUUGAAAACGCUUGCCCGUGUCUGGAUAAUGGAUGUCAAUCUGGAGAGAAAUGCAAUUGUGACUCUGGAGGAAUCGCUGAUGACAUCGGAGACGUGACAGGAAGACAAGCUGGAAUUUCCGAGAUCGUGACACUUUUUGAUGAAGCGGAUGUUCGUGCAGAAAUGUCGAUUUCAGAUGUCAAAUGUUCAGGAUACGAAAACGAAAAACCUAUUCGAUUCACAGAAAGAACAGAGCUGACGGUUUCUGAUUGGACUGGAGAAUCUGUGGAUUUCCAAUUUCGAACUUCUGAUACACCUGCAACAUUGGUAGCUAUUCGUGGAAACUAUGGCGAGAGAAUCAUUGCUGUAUCACUUGUCGAUGGGCAUACUGUACAAAUCAACAAUUUUGAAGCUGUUAAAAUUAUUGAGUCACAAAAUAAGCUUAACGACAGUAAUUGGCAUCACGUUCUUAUUGAAUUGGCAGAUGGAGAGAUCAGGAUUACUGUAGAUGCCGCCCAUGUUUUGAUGAAGAUUGGAGAUAAUGCUGUUCUCGAAGGAAGUGUUGUUUUGGGAGAAGAGAAUAAUGGACUCAUUGGGUGCAUUCGAAACGUUCUUAUCAAUGAUGAAUCUUUGGAUCUUUACGAAAUUGUACAGAAAUCCGAAAAGAAAGGAAUUUCGGAAACUUGCGAUACUCGAUGUACUCCAGAUUUCUGUCAAAAUGGAGCAAAAUGUUUCGAGAAUUUCGUCACAGGAAUGCCUUACUGUAGAUGUGCAUUCCCAGAUGUGCACUCCGGAUUGAAUUGUGAAAUCGACAUUAAUUCAAACUCAUCAGUCUCAUUCCAUGGUGGAUUCUUGAAAUUCGAUGAUUUGAAUAAUGUGUUGACUGCUCCGAUUUACUUCAGCUUUAGAACUGAUAGAACUCAUGCCUUGUUGUUUUUUGCUCAUGAUCAGAAUAACAAUUUCCUACAGAUUCAUCUUUCUGAAGAAGUGAAUGUCACUCUAACCCUGAAUAACCUGAAUAUUGUCUCUCAAUGUACAGUCCGUGCUCAACGUGGAACUGAAUAUGGAGAUAUGAAAUGGAUUCAAGUUGCAGUAAGUCAUGAUUCUAAAUCAUCUCAACUUCAAGUCGAAGAUGCUGCAUGCACUAUUAGAACUAGUCGCGUUCUUUCUCAACUCCCAAUCAAUCGUCUUCUCGGUGUUUAUAAUUCUGAAAUCAUUCGAAUGCCAGUCGGUCUUGCUGCUCCAGUCAAUCCAGAUACUUACACUUUUACAUUUGUUGGAAAUGUCGAUGUUGGAGCAAAAACUAAUGAUGGUUCCUUCAUUCUAGCUCCAACAUACGAAUCUCCAAUUCCACGGUUCUAUGGAUGUCUUCGAGGACUUCAAGUAGAUCGGAAGUUAGUUGACAUGAGAGAAAAAACGGAAAAUUUGGAAACAAGUGAAAUGUAUGAAGCAUAUGGGCCUGUUCAAGUGAAAAUAGGAUGCGAUGUUGGAUGUUCAUCAAUAUCCUGUGCAAACGGAGGUCAUUGUUCUGUUGCAUGGACAAAUACAGAUCCAUCAGCUGUGAAAACCACUUGUGAUUGCUCAAGAACUAGUUACUCUGGAGCGACGUGCUCAUUGGAUGAAGGCGUUCAUUUGGAAAAGAAUGGAUUCAUCGAGUUUGACAUCUCUAAAGAAAUGAUGAGAAUAUUUGUAGAGAGAAAUGCGAAAAUUCCACAACUCUUAAAAUUCGCAUUUUCUUCUGGAAACGUUCAGGAGCUAAAUGACAAAGCAGUCUUGGCAUCAGUUACCUUUAAGGACAAAAUGAAGCUCGAAAUUGAAAUCAAUCCAAAUCGAACCAUCAACGUUGCUAUCUCUUACGAGAAUGGAAAGUCCGAUGUUCUGAAUUUCGUUGGAGAUUUCUUGGAUGGAUAUCGUCAUUUCGUAGUAGUUCAAACUAAUCGAGCGAGUGCUACCGCAGUUAUGGUCGAUUCUUUGAGACAAGAUUUUGAAUACCGAGAUUUUGAAAGAAAUAUUGACAUGUUCAGUGCUUCGAUUGUCAAGAUUGGAGAUCAGUUUUCAGAGACUGAAGGAUACAAUAAAUACGGUUUUGAAGGAUGUAUUUCUAAUUUUAUAAUCGACUACCAACGCGGAUCCGCUCUCACCUUCAAACCAAUAUCAUAUUUCGCCACCCCAUCUCAUCACCUGAAUAAAUUAAUUCAAUCCGAUAAAGUUAUAUUGGGUGGAUGCGCCGAAUUCGAAGUUCCGAAUGCUCUUCCUGUCUACCAGAAUCGUGUCAAGUUUCCAGUUUGGGAAACCGAUUUCAAAAGAUUCAUCUAUCACGGUGAAAUUGAAUCUGACAUUGGUUCUGGAGAUAACAACGAUUGGACUGAGGAGGAUAGUGGAUCAUUGAUGUGGGUCAUUUCCAUCAUUUUCGUUCUCUUCGUUAUCUUCCUAAUUAUCUUCUGCAUUUUUAUGAAAUGUUGUCGAGAGAAGAUUCAUGCAAGGGAUGACGGAUAUCUACGGGAGGAAGAUAUUCCUUUGAAUAGAAGUCCAACUCAUCAUAGACAACCAGAACUAACUCCACCUCCGCCAACCAAGAGCAAGUAUGAUCUUCCGACGCCGAACUUUGAUUUCAAUAAGGACGAACACCAUGCGCGCGCCACCAGCAUCACUUCGUCCGGCAUCUCCGGAUAUUUCACUGCUCAGGAACAACUGUAUGACAAUGAUGACGACGAUGGAGUUGGCGAUGAUUUGAGUGAAGCAACAAUGCAAAAUGGAAUGGAGGACAGUGACAACGAUACAAUCCGACAUAUUGAUGAUGAGAUUCGUGAGGAAGAUGGAAUGGAAAUUGUCUCCCGUCCAACUCAAGUGAAUCAUCUUCCGCAAAGAGUUUCAUCAUUCCGUACUGGUGAUCCAACUGCUCCGAAAGACAGUCCAUUGUACUCUCCACCUCGGAGACCUCCUUAUGCAGUACCUGCAACUUCUCCUACUCCACCUCCCAGAAUGGCAACUAAUUCUCAAGUCAGCUCUGUCUAG